GUUUCCUCUUUCGAUUCCAAUAUCAUUCUAUUUUCUCUGUCACUCUUCAACAAGAUCAAACCUUUCAUUCAAACAAGUAUAAAUCUCUGAGUUUCGCUCAGAUCGACGGUGAGGGGUGCUAAAGUUGGAGAUUUUUCACAUACAGAGGCUUUAGAUUUGUCUUCUUAGUGACUCAUGGGGACCCCAGAAACAUCUCGAGAACCCUGCCCUGACCGUAUCCUUGAUGAUAUUGGUGGUGCAUUUGGUAUGGGUGCUGUUGGAGGUGCUGCAUUCCAUUUUUUGAAAGGUGUCUAUAACUCACCUACUGGGGCUCGCCUGAUUGGAGGCACUCAAGCUGUUCGCAUGAAUGCUCCUCGUGUUGGUGGUAGUUUUGCUGUUUGGGGCGGCCUUUUUUCCACAUUUGAUUGUACAAUGGUCUAUGUUCGACAGAAGGAGGAUCCAUGGAACUCGAUAAUAGCAGGUGCUGCCACUGGAGGUUUUCUUUCAAUGCGUCAGGGACUUGGUGCUGCUUCCAGAUCAGCGGUCUUUGGUGGUGUUUUGCUUGCUUUGAUUGAAGGAGCUGGCAUCAUGUUGAAUAAGGUUCUUAGUGCACCACAGAAUAUGCCUAUCAUGAUGGAAGAACCAGCUCCCAAUAUGGCUGGCAUGCCUGGAAUUCCAAUGGGACAAUUACCAGGUCAAGCUCCAGUACCAUCAAUACCAUCAACACCAUCAGCACCACCAACACCAGCUGCAUCUUCUUCUUCAUGGUUCGGAGGGCUUUUUGGCGGUGAGAAAAAGCCAGAGACAGCAAGCAAUGGAAGUAAGACCGAGGUUUUGGAGAGCUUUGAUGCUCCUCCAGUGCCAUCAUUUGAAUAUAAAUGAAGUGGUUGUUUGUCAUUAUGUUUUGUUGGCGAGAUAUCUCUCGCUUUAACGUUGAUUUACUUCUUCUCAAACUCAAGAACUCAUAGGGUGUAUCUGCAGUUUUUCAUUAUACUUGAAUCAUAUAUUUUUGCUAUUGCUUAUGUUAAAAUAAAACCAUUCAGUUGGA